GUGUUGUUUCGCGGGACGCGUCCACUGGGAGCUGCGAAAGUUUGCUUUCGGUUAUUCGGCCUGCGAAAGAGGUGUUCAUCGGGUGUCUGUGGCAUGCUUGACGCCUUGGAAGUGAACGUGACAGCCGUGCAUGUGGGAUUGACCGACGAGGAGAGGUGCCGAGAACUUUACAAAGAUGACCACAGGCUCCACAACUCAGAGGUGGCCCGAUGCCCGGCCGUGUGGGACAGCAUCCACUGCUGGCCUCCCGUAGAAGCUGGGAAGGUCCUCACUUUCCCGUGCACGGCGGUUCUAGGACGGCUCAAUUACAGUUCGCAGGAUGGCCGCUGGGGUGCAGAAGCCCAUCGAGAGUGCGGUGAGAACGGGACGUGGCUCAACGGCAACUGGACCAAUUACACCGAAUGUCUAGGGCUUUUACCCAAGCAGGCAGAGGGCAGCACCAUUUCGGCCAUCGCAGCUCACAUCUUGGUCGUCUUUUCUGUGCUCUCUCUCAUUUCACUCUUCAUCACUCUCUUCAUCUUCACCUACUUCAAAUCCUUGCAAUGUUCCAGACUGCGAGUGCACAAGAACCUGGUCAUCUCUCUCAUCAUCCACUCUGUCAUGUUAGUGGUGGUUUCCUUUCCAGCUGUCUUGGGGCCAACGUGGACUACCUACAGAGACGUGGACUGGUUGUGCAAGGGGGUUGUGUCCCUGAAGCUCUAUGCCGCCAUGGCUUCCAUCAACUGGAUGUUUGUGGAGGGACUUCUGUUGCAUUCGCGGAUAACCACGUCCGUGUUCCAGCAGGAUGCGCCCUUUAAGCUCUACUACCUUAUAGGAUGGGGGCUACCGUUGCUGUGCAUGGUCGCCUGGACGUUAGUGAUGGAAUCCCAGUUGCGGAGCCACUGCUGGGAAGGUUACGGAAACCUGCCCUACGUGUGGGUUAUCACUGGCCCCAUGAUGGCAGCACUUUUGAUAAACACAGUUUUCUUGGUGAACAUUAUUCGUAUCCUGCUUACCAAGUUGAGGUCCAACGCCUCCAUCGAGACUAUGCAGAUGAGGAAGGUUACCAAGGCGACGGCGUUGCUGUUUCCGCUUCUGGGGAUCACCCACCUGUUCUUCUGCAUCAAUCCGCGUGAUGACGCUCAUUUCGAGACCGCCUACGUCAUCUGUAACGCCCUCUUACAGUCGUCGCAGGGCCUGUCGGUAUCUGUUUUGUACUGCUUCGUCAACUCGGAGGUGCAAACGGUGGUGAGAAACGCCUACGUGCAGGCACAGAUUCGGCGAAACCCCAAUCGCUAUUCCCGUGGGCGCGGACUGUCUCAGAGCUACUCCACCUAUCUGGAACCGUCGUCUUACGCUCCGGAUGGCAACCACUCUCACCACAAGGUGGCGCCAUUGAAGUGUAAGGUCUACUCGCCAUCCAGACGCUAUUCGGAAGUGGAGGUGGAAGCGCUGUCCGCGAUCGGUCCACAGCAGACUCACAUAAGCGCCGGCGCAAAGUGGGAUCGGCAUUGUUACUUCUAGUCCUCCAGCACGUGUGAAACGUAUAGAGCUAGCAGCGCCACCGGCGUGAACGCCGCUCACGUGUCCGUGUCACGGAAGUGCCCAGAGCUGGGGUGUCGUGGAGAGUUUCAGAGCAUGUCUCGAACGUGACCAUCAUCCUUGAUCCUCAAGUCCAGGAGCCCUUGUUCUCUAUAGAAAGUGCAGUCGUGUAGGAACGCAUCAUCAACGUUACGUACAAUGUACAAUGAGACGUCGGCGUGCCCUCUAAAGCUGGAACCGCCUGGCGCGUAUUUCAGCGCGAAAAAACGCGUCGUAAUACGCCGGGCGCAAAAUUUCGCGCGGAGAACCGGUUUCUAGCGCGCGCUCGAGCGCGUCAGCAACCCCUUGAUAUUUCACGCGGACGGCGCAUUCCGAAACCCACGGAAACCGCUGUGUUUUUAUUUUGACGCUGCAUCCACCUGUUGCUUGGUUGUCACGGAAAGGCUCUCAAAAACCCCGUGUCAUACUUGAAGAUAACGAAAGGUAGAGGGUAGGUCCCUCGUGUUGGAAUAUUAAGAAGUAAAUAAUAGAGAAACGUAUUGAAGAUGGCCAAUUUAAAACUAAAAUUUAAAUUUAAAUUGGAAGAAAUUUAAACAACACUUGAUUGCUCAGCGUUCCGUGAUAGCCGCACUGUGUGCGCACUCUGCUGAACCAGUUCUUGCUUCCGAAUCGGUUCUUCUCGCACCGAAAUCUCAUUCCUGUAGCAAAUAAAUGUAAAUAUGUUUUAUGUGUGCGUUCUAAUAUGUUUCGCGUUGGUGCACAUUGCACAUGAACUGGCAACACUGCGUGAUUUUUUUCUCUCGGCGAUUUCCCCGUUUCGCGCACGUGCACUUGGUUCAUGCGGUUUGGCCCGCGUGUUUUCGCCGGUGCGUUGUACGCGCUCGCGGUUUUACGCGCUGAAAUACACCCCAUGCGGUUCCAGCUUUAGAAUACACAUUGCCAUGGAAACGAAGGACGCUGCACGGAUCUCCGUCGUAAUUAUUUUUGUCCCUAGGAAAGCAAAGGCGUAGAUCACGCACGGAGAAGGACAGAGUCGACCUCAGACUUCGGAGGAAAUGUCAUAACAUUCCUUUCUUUGUGGACGGUGACUGGUUCUUUGUUGAAAGGCUGGAUAUUGAUGUUGUAGCCCUUACAGUUAAACGAGUUGAGCCACCCCUAUACGUUCUUGAAACGGUCUUCAUCCACACCAAAGCUAAUACAACGUUGUCACGUGUUUUGUUAACGUGCUCGAAGUUGCCGAGUAAAAUAUUUCAAUUU